GAUCGAGAAUCUGGCAUUCCGAGAGCAGUUCGCCGAUUCCAUUGAGAUGGAGAGCAGCGAGUUCAGUCGGUCGAAGGAGCACGCCCCGGGCAGUCGCCAAUUAAAUUGGGGGAAACUAUUUGGAAUCUUUUAAAAAAAUCGAUUGAUAUUCGAAUUGGAGAAAAUAUCAGCGGCAUGUUCAAAGUGUCACAGGAGAUGCGUCUGAACACGCAGGCCGCCUCCUCCGCCUCCGCCUGCAGUUCGAGUGGGAGUGGCCUGGAGGGCAAUAGUCCGGAGGAGGGCGGUAUUUUUGGACGCUACCAGCGAACGCCCGAUGCGGAUGCCUAUCCCUCGGAAUCGCCGCGCGUCUAUGUGGCACCCGAGCUGACCGACGCCGGCAAGGUGCAGCUGCUCCACUUUCCCAGCGGCGCGGUGCGAGUGAACAGCCCGCUGGGAUUCAUCAUCAAGCGGAACGGGGUCAAGGGAAACUUCGAGGUGCGCGUCGAAGGUCCCAGUGGUCAGCCCAUUCAGCCCGUUCGGCAACAGCAGUUGGAUCCGGAGCGCUUUCAGAUCGAUUGCCAGCUGGACGCCGGAGCGGGUCUCUACAAGGUGCACAUCAAGUGCAAUUCCGUGACCCUGCCUCGCUCUCCUUUCAUCAUCGUGGCCAUCGCAGGAGCUACCGAGUCCAUCGAUGGCAAGCCCGCCAGUUCUUCAGUGCCCAUCUCGGACUCGGAUGCCAGCCGAGUACAGAGCCGUGGCCUGGGCCUCACCCAUGUCAGCUUGGUGGAGCGCAACGAGUUCACCGUGGACUGCGGCCAGGCGGGUAGCAACAUGCUCCUGGUGGGCGUACUGGGGCAACGCGGUCCCUGCGAGGAGGUGGUGGUCAGGCACCUGGGACGCGGCAUACACAGGGUCACCUACCGCGUGUGCGAUCCCGGUGACUACAUCCUGGUGGUCAAGUGGGGGGAGCAGCAUGUACCCGGAUCCCCGUUCAGCUUAAGUGCGGAUUAGCCGUAGAAAGUAAAUGUGCCUGCAUAAAUCAGCUGACCUUGAUGGGGCGCUACUGCCACCCAUCUGCCUCACUUCUCAAUGGAAUCCUGCGCAGCUUCUCCGGGCGAUUUCGCCCCACCUAAUGAUGAUUGCCGAUGAUAGCGUUAUGGGUGCUCCUUGCUGCUCUUUUCCCGCCACUAAUGACGUUCGCAUUUGGGAGCUGAUGCUCUCGGCGCCUCACAACCUAAUGAUGAUGACCGGCGAAUAUGGAGAAUGUGGGUAAGCUGAGUAUGAGGGGGCAAAUAUGUAGUAGUAAUGCGUACACUUGAGGUUAGUGCAAUAGUCACAAGUUUGGAAAAUAGUGAAAUAUACUUAAGUAAAAGUAAUAAUACAUUUUAAACACUAGCAUGCAUUUACCAUUAAAAAUAUAUUUUAGCUAAUGAUUCAUUAAAAUAAAUUCACUAAAAUAACAGUUAUA